AUGCAGCUCCUCACUUCUGUCGCCGCGACUGCUGCAGUCCUCGCAAGCAGCGUCUCUGCCGCAAACUUUACAGGUGAUGUUCUGAACGGUGUGCCGGUCAUCCAUGACUUAAACCUUGCGGACGUACCCGCGCAGAAAGUUUCCAGAUACUAUCUGCGUGUUGGAGAGCUCAACGGUGGCCACCCAAUCCAUAUUCCCGUGAUGGUCGCACGCGGCACACCCGAGAGUCUCGAGACGGGUCAGAAGCUGUCACUUUCUGCUGCGAUCCACGGCGAUGAACUCAAUCCAGUCCGCGUGGUUCAGCGUAUCUUCGAGCAGUUGGAGGAUCAGGUUGCGACAUUGAAUGGCACUGUCAUUGGCAUUCCCACCGUCAAUCCAAUAGGUAUCUACCUCAACCAACGCAACUACUUCACCGCCUCAGCAUCCGGCUCCCUCACAAACGUAAACCGCGUCUUCCCCGGCGUAUCCGCCGAACUUGGUGGUAGCGGGCCCAACAUCCUCGCCUACAACAUCUGGAACUACCUCUGGGGCAACGCAUCCCAGGUUGACGUCGGCAUCGACCUGCACACGCCUUCCUCUGGCGGCGAGACGAGCCUGUGGUGCUACUCUGACUGGCGCCUGCCGUACGUUGAGCGUCUGAGCAAGCUCUUGCAGCCUGAUACGUUGAAGAUCGAUGUCGGCGAGCCGGGCAGUAUCGAGACGACCUUUGUGGACUACGGUGUCCCCAGUUUGACGGUUGAGAUGGGGCAGGCGAAGAUCUGGAACAACUCGCUCAUUGGCCGCACUGUUGACUUUGUGAACCGCGUGCUUGUGGACCUACACAUCACACCUUCCAACAUUACUGUCGAGCCUGAUCUCACAAACGUGUACAUCGCCAAUACAUUCCACGAUACAUACACCAAGUACGGUGGAUUCGUCGAGCGCCUAGUACAGGUUGACGAGCUGGUGGCAAAGGGCCAGCCGAUUGCACACGUGCGCAACACGUUUGGCGAUAUCCUGGAGACACUCGUGUCCCCAGCGGACGGUCGCAUGUUUCAGAGCCCGAGAGACCCAUCGUGUGAGCCGGGCAGUAGUGUUGGGCAGAUCGCGUAUAACUCCACAGACCCCGAGUGUGCUGAUGGAUGCAUUCUCAGCGGUCCUGUCAGCUCGCGGAGGCGAUAA